ACCUAAGGUAUAAAUCAAAAAAAGGUUGAAAAAAAGGUAGGUAAAACGCCUCUGUGAAACAGAGUAGUUGCGCCGAUGACGUUUCGAGCGUUAGCCCUUUGUCGGAGCAAAAGAAGGAUGAUGUACCUAGUCUCUCUUUCUCCUCUAUUGACAUUUCAUUUCCGUGAUUGUCAAGCUCUUUGUAAAAUAGCAAUAUUACGCAUUCUAAUUUUGAUUUAUUGUGGCUAAAAAGUACCGGUAGGGCUAUGUAUAUUUGUCAUAGGGCGCACAGCCUAAAAAAUAAAUAUGAGCAAAAGAUCAGAGAAAGAGAAAGUUUAAGAAAAAGACAGGCUCACACUAGCAGAUAGAAUGAUUACGCCUCAAAAUGCAAGUGAGAGUCAGAGAGACUUUGUUUGUGACUUCAUUGGCAGUGUAAAAGAGAGAAUGAACUCGUACCCAGCUAUGCUCUACCUCAGCGCCUCUCUAAACGUCCCGACGUCUAUCAUGGCCGUGGUAUGCAACUCACUGGUCCUGGCGAGUAUCUGGCGCACCCCAAGCCUCCACGCACCAUCCUAUCUCAUUCGAUUUAACCUCGCUAUUACUGAUCUAGCUGUAGGGUUGUUCGUUCAGCCUUUGUAUAUCUCGCAACGGUGGUUGAAUUUACUAGAUCGCCCGAGAGAGUUUUGUGUUGUCGCUUUAGCGAUGUUAGUAGUUUCCGUGAUGUUUGCUGGCGUCUCCUUUUUAACGAUCACGGCUAUCUGCGUGGAACGCUAUCUACUCCUCUACUUACACUUGGCGUAUCAGUCAGUAGUAACAAACAAGCGGACUAUCUUCGCCAUGGCGGGCCUAUGGAUCACAGGCUCACUCUAUGUCGGCUUUCUUGCGCUAAAUAAUAUCCUCCUCUUCAAAGUCGUCGGCUGUGUUAUAAUCACAAUAUGCCUUGUCCUCAACACGGUGUCGUAUGUUAAGAUUUACAAAGUCGUCCGUCAUCAUCAGAACCAGAUAAGCGAAGCAAAUCGCGCAUUUGCUCCCAAUAGCUCAACCGUUGACAUGCGAAGCUACCGACGCUCAGUAUAUGCGACCUUUCGCACAUAUAUCAUAUUCAUUCUAUUCGUUCUUCCAUUUCUUUUAUCUUUGAUUGCGCUGGCCGCAAACAGCAAAAGCCGCGUUAGCCGAGCGUGCUUUCAUAUCGCCUCGACGAUCUACUUUUCAAACUCGGCGUUUAAUCCCUUCAUCUACUGCUGGAAAGAGCCUCAAAUAAAGCAGGCUAUUAAGGCAACACUAGUCAGUAUCAAGCACACGGUGAUGCCUGAACGAUGA